UAUUUAUAAAUUGUAUGAAUUAAUUUUUAAAUUCAACGCAGUUUCUUUGUUUGUAUCGUAAAACAUGUUUUCUUAUCAAAUAUUACGACGUUCAAUAAACUUUCGUUUGCGUGGCACAGGCUGCAAUUACAUUUUGAUGAACUUUUUGAUGUCUUCGUACGGAAUACGAAUAUAUUCUCAUCCGAUAGAUACGUUACGGAAUUUUAUUUAUGUUUGAUGUCUAGGCCGGAUGGUUAUCAGCGCGCCCGCCGUUAACCCGUCAAUUUCCCAACCCUUUAAUAACUCUGCUUUGUUGCCCAUUCUGGCGUGCGUUUUAUUCUCGGUCCGUGUACGAAUAAAUACAUCAAUCCGAUUCGCCGCAAAAGCCACAAACUAUAUAAAACAUAUGCUCACAAAUGUUUGCGAAAUGAUUUCGUUUCAGACAAGUUUUACCCAUGUCAAUGCCAACGAAUCAAAUUGAUUCUUUCUGAGGUAAACAUUGAGUAAAAUGAUUUUGAAUUUGAACGAAUUUCCUAGCAUAACUUUGGUCCGAAUAGCGGAGAGUUUGGAUUCUGCGCAUCUUGCGGCGCAGAUCGAUUUUCCCAUUUUCCUGCUCACAUCCGCACCGCAUCUCAGUGAAGUUCUCUUCGGGCGUUCGCGUCGUGUCAGUCGAGUCAACUCAAAAUGGUGCUAAAGUGGGCGUAACACAACAUUGUUAUUAUCCUGAAACCUCAUCUCGUUACAAUCCUUACACAGAUUUCCACGCGAAAAUGAAACGCGUAUAUUGUUAUUUAUUUGUUGUCUUUAUAGUUUGUUGCAUUCAAGAUGCCAGAUGUGAUUGUGAGUAUAAUUUAUUCCAUCUUAUUCAACACCAUUUACUUGAUUACGUUUUUGUUUUAGCAAAUGUUAUGCAGAUUGAGGCGAACCCAGACGCCAAACGACUUUACGAUGACCUGCUGAGUAAUUACAAUCGUCUAAUUAGACCAGUCAUAAAUCAUACGGAAACAUUAACUGUAUGGUUGAGCUUGAAGUUGUCACAGCUGAUUGAAAUGAACCUGAAGAAUCAAAUUAUGACUACAAAUCUAUGGGUUGUCCAGAAAUGGAAUGAUUAUAAACUUCGUUGGGAUCCGGAAGAAUAUGGCGGAGUUGAGAUGUUAUACGUACCAUCCGAGCAUAUUUGGUUGCCUGACAUUGUACUGUUUAACAACGCCGACGGCAAUUACGAGGUAACUUUGAUGACCAAAGCGACGCUCUCAUACACCGGCGAAGUGGUGUGGAAACCGCCCUCCAUUUACAAGUCUUCUUGCGAGAUCAACGUACAGUACUUUCCCUUUGACGAACAGAGUUGUUUAAUGCGUUUUGGUUCUUGGACCUAUAAUGGGUUACAAGUAAGUUAUUCUCAAAUAUUACAUAAUAACAAAUAUAAAAAUAUAAAAAUUAUUUUAAACCAGGUGGAUUUAAAACAUUGGGAUCAAGCUUCCGGCAGUAACAUCGUGAAAAUUGGCAUAGAUCUCUCCGAAUUUUACUUAUCAGUAGAAUGGGAUUUAUUGGCCGUUCCAGCGACCAGAAAUGAAGAGUUUCGAGAAUGUUGCGAAGAACCAUUCACAGAUAUAACGUUCAAAAUAACAAUGCGACGUAAAACCUUAUUUUACACCGUAAAUCUCAUCAUUCCCUGUGUGGGCAUUACAUUUCUUACUGUACUAGUCUUCUACUUGCCUUCGGAAUCCGGCGAGAAGACCACACUCUGCGUCAGUAUACUUCUGUCAUUGACUGUAUUCUUCCUCCUCUUGGCCGAAAUCAUUCCGCCGACAUCGUUAGCAGUGCCAUUAUUGGGCAAAUAUCUCUUGUUUACUAUGAGUCUUGUUACGACCUCAAUAUGGGUCACUGUAUGUGUUCUAAAUGUAUACUUUAGGUCACCGUCAACACAUAAAAUGUCUCCGUGGGUACGAAAAAUUUUUCUGGAAUUUAUGCCCAAAAUUCUUAUCAUGCGCCGAACUACUUAUUCCAUGCCGGAAUAUGAUGAUAAUCAACCUCCUAGAGGAUAUACUAAUGAAAUGGAAAUGCAAUUGAAUAUGGACGAACCUUUUACAACGGACUUUAAAAUCACCACCAGGGAACCCAGUUUCGUUCUGCAGAAUCAAGAAGAUGAGAAAAUCAAAGCACACUCAUCCAUGUCUGGCUCAUCACCGAUGACUCCUAAAAUUUUGUCUUCCAAUGUGUUGGCGGCUCUUCAGGGUGUACGCUUCAUUGCUCAACACAUUCGAGAUGCUGAUAAAGAUAACGAGGUUGUUGAAGAUUGGAAGUUUGUUUCGAUGGUUCUGGAUCGUUUCUUCCUUUGGCUCUUCACCCUAGCGUGUAUUGGAGGUACCUGUGGUAUAAUCUUUCAAGCACCAAGUCUUUACGAUACACGAGUGCCGGUUGAUCAACAGCUGACUGAAAUUCCUCUCACGAAACUAUUUCAACUGCCACCGUCGCAUGUUCCGAUGCAAUAAAUCUACAAUACUCCAACAUACAUGCUACUCAAUCUAUCUAUAUCAUAAUUGAUAAGUACAUAAACAGCGCGAACGCACUUUAAAGUAAUACACCAAAACAUUUUGAUUAAAAUAUAUUACGCAAGUUGAACCGAUGUUAAUCAGUAUUGAAAUUGAUUUCGUUUAAAUUGUUAUAGUUUUAUGGACGCAAGUGAUGCAAACCGCUCGAAUGUUAUGAAUAAAAUUAAUGUGAAACUUCA